AUGAAGUUGAUUUUGUUGAUCGCCGCGCUGUUUUGCGCUACUUCUGCAUACAAAGAGAAGAUGUUGCAGAGCAACCGCGUCAUGGGAUAUGACAAAACCACUGAAGGAAGUGCAACGUGCAAGGAAUGCACUUCGGUCAUUGAGAGAAUUAUUAAAGCUGCCGAAGAUCCGGAAAAAAUGAAGGAGCUCAAAAUUGUUUUGAAUCUUCUCUGUGGUCAAACAUCGUAUGUUGAAGAAUGCCGUCUUUUUGUUUCUCAAAUCGAUAGAUUCAUUGAAUCACUCGAGCCAUACUUGAAGAACCCCACUGCUGUGUGCAAGAAGAUUCAUUUGUGCUCAAACCCGCGCAUCGAAACUUUCCACCAUCUUCUCCAAGAAUACGUUAGUUCCGGAAAGUCUAUCGGCUGGAAGAACAUCUUCUGUGAUGAAUGCGAAUUUGCUGUUAAGGAGCUCCGUGAGUUCCUUGAAAGCAAGGAGAAGCAAAUCGAGCUCCGCGAUUUCUUGAGAGAGAAGGUUUGCAAGAAGAUGGCAGGCUACAGAGGAUUCUGCGAUUUGAUUGUUGAUGAAUACCUUCCACAAUUCAUUCAACAAGUUGACGCUAUUCUUGGAAAGGGACACCAAGUCUGCGUUGACAUUCAUGCUUGCACCCAGAGCCCACUCUUCAAGUAUCGUCAACAUAAAUUGAUCGAGGAUUCUGAAAUUGAACAAGCUGGAAAUGAGGUGGAAAAAUUCUGGGAAAAGGCGCAAAUGAAAACUAAGUAUGGAGAGGUUCUCGCAAUGUCGUGUUUUGAAUGCAAAUUGACAGUGGACGGAAUACAAGAGGAAAUGAUGGGCAAUAGAAAAGAAAUCGCCAAAGAUAUUCAAGACAUCGCUUGUUACAAAAUCGUUCCUUCCAAUAUGACAGCUUCCUGCGACGAUUUCCUCUCAAUCUAUCUUCCGAUGGUGGUUCAGAUGACAAUCGAGCAAGCAACUGCCGAAGGAAUUUGCACUGCAAAUAAAUGUUGCCACAAAAAAUCGCUUGAAGCUUAUAGAAAGCUUUCAUUCCAAGAGAUUCAGGAAGAGAAGUGUGCAACAACUAAGCAGUUUGAGCUGUUCAUAAAAGAAAACUUUGUUGGCAGCCCCGUUGAGAAAUACGUGAAUCUGAAUCUCAUUAAGAAUAUUUGUGAUGUUCUUCCGCAAUGUAUUGAAAUGCAUUGUUAUUCCGCCAUGGCAAUGUUGACCUCGAAAAUCAGCGAAGCUACCGUUGACAUGGCAAAUCGAGGAAUGCUUAGCAAAGCGAUUCCAUCAGUUUGCGAAACAUGCAAAUCAAUGGUUCAAAACUUCAUUGAAGCUUCGAAAAAUCCACUGAAAAUGAAUGAAAUGAAAGCGGGUCUCGCGAUGAUGUGUCUUGGAAAUGAAGACAGCGAUUGCUUGAAAACAAUUAGUCAUUUGGACUAUAUUGCAGCUAAAUUGGCGCCAUAUUUGACUGAUUCGACGGCGGUUUGCUCGAAACUCCAGAUGUGCUCGGCAAAUGGCGACAAUCAACUCGCCCGUUUUCUUCUUCUUUUCCUCAAAAAGUCACAGAGUGAAGUAUCUAACAACAAUAUCUUGAAAGCCGAAAUUUGUGACGAGUGUAUGCAUGCUUCGGAGAGUGUCGGACAACAACUCGCUGAUGAACGAAACGUGUUUUUGGCAACGGCCCUGUUCGAGAAGCUUGUGUGCAAGGGAGCUGGAAAGUACAGAAAGGCUUGUCACGUGUUCGCCGAGAACACCGUUUCGGAAUUGGUUGCUGAAUUGCGAGACAUGUUCAUUGCCUCUGAAACCGUGUGCUCUGAUUUGCAAUUGUGCUCCAAGACAAAGACGGAACUGGCUGAAAUCAAAAAGCCAACUACCGAUUUGAGCAAGGUUUGGGAACAGAUGGGAGUCGUCAAGACUUCACACGGAGAGGAAUUGAUGAGCUGCUUUGAAUGCACACUCUCCAUGGACGCACUUCUCGAGGAGUUCAUCAACAAUAGACAAGCGACCGCCGACGAUAUUCAGCCACUGGUUUGCAAUAACGUUGUCGCAAACUGGACUGUGGGAUGUAAUGACUUCUUCCACAUGUAUCUUUCCACUGUCCUUUAUUUAACUUAUAACCAGUUCGAUGGAAGAGGAAUCUGUGAGACGAUGCACACUUGUCAAAAGAAGAAAGAAUAUGCGUUCGAACAGCUCAAUUCUGUCGAAUCCAAAAAUCUUGGUUGUGAGCAUUGUGCUCAUUUUGAGACAAUCUUGGCAGAGAAUACUGAAAUUCUUUCACAACAUGCGAGCUUCGCUCUCACUUCGAAUGUCUGCUCCCGAAUUCCACAAACCUUCCAAAAAUUGGUUACAGAAUUGUUCUGA